UAAAUAUGGAUUUGCUAAAACGUUGGGGAGUUGAAUAUCUGUACAAAGCAUUUUUCCUUGUUUAUGAGUGGUUGCUCCUAGACGAGAGGCUACAGGUAUAUGGAACGGUCGUUGUCCUUGACUACACUGAUAUUACAUUGCAACUAAUGAUGGCUAUCUCGAGCGCUGAAACUGCAAAAAAAUCUAUAGUUUUCUUUCACAAAGCGCUGCCGAUGAGAAUGAGGGGAGUACAUAUGUACAAUGAGCCAACAUUCAUAGAUGUAUUCAUGUCACUGGUCAAUCCUUUUCUUCGGCAGAAGAUAAAAGACAGAUUCAUUCUGCAUGGACAAAGUCUCGUGAAAAUACACGAAGAUGUUGGAAUGGAAGCACUUCCUGAUGAAUAUUUACCGGAUGAUUACAAAGGGCCAUCAGCUGGUUCGGCCGAGAAAAUAAUUGGCGCUAUGCUGGAUGACAUGAAGAAACCAGAGUUUCAAGAACACAUCAGAGACUUAUCAAGCGGUAAAUAUGGGGUGGACAUGGAGAAAAGGAAAACAGAUGAUACCCCUGCAGCUUCCUUUAGAAAGUUGAACGUAUCAUAAACAUUGAUGUAUAACAAAGACAGUUUUAAUGUUUUACAAUAAAAAUAUGUUGUCAGUUGUACGAUAUUGUUGCAGCCUUUACGUUAAGGGAAUUUUCGGGUGUACGAUCCUGCGGCCUAAUUAGUUACGAUCUACGACAUUUGCGACACUUAUAAAACAUUAUCAGUUUAAACGGGAAUUUGGAACAACCUCAAUCAUAGUGCAAAAUUCAAGUUUAUUGGAUAUCCUGCACAUCGAUAUCUUGGCUUUCCUUCAUGGUGCAUUUACGAGAGUGUUUUAAUGUACUCCAUCUUAUAUCUAAUUCUAGGAGACCAAUCAAUAAGAAGUAGUAACCGCAUUCUGUCCUGUCUGCCUAUACAUUCAUUUUAAACUUUAAUUUCAUAAAAAAAAAUAUUGGUCUGAUUUAUACAGAAAUCUAUCUAUUGUCCGAAAUAUACUGUGUUUGCAAUGUACUGUAAUGAAGUAAAAACUUUUGUAUUAUUGUAAAAUGCCAAGUUUAGGAGAAGAACUCUUUAAGACUUGUCUUUCGUUCUAAUC